AUGGGUUGUCUUGAUGAUGGCUGCAACACUGGCCUUGUUCUUGGCUUAGGCUUCACAGCAACGAACCUAGAGAGUUCAUCAAAGCCAGCUGAUAAGAACGAUCGACUCAUAAGGCCUCAGGUUAAACCAUGCUUCAAGUUUGACCAUAAGCCGUUAAUGACAAGUUUUGAGCCUUCACUUAGUUUGGGUCUUUCCGCUGAAAAUUAUAGCACUCAUGGUUCUAGCCAAAAGACUAAAGGUUGCGAGGAGUCUAAUAUUGGUGCUCACGAUCAGUUGUAUCGUCAAGCUUCUCCUCAUAGUGCUGUUUCUUCUUUCUCUAGUGGUAGGGUUAAGAGGGAAAGAGACCUUAGCUCUGAUGAUGUAGAGGUAGAGAGGGUUUCUUCAAGAGUAAGUGACGAAGAUGAAGAUGGUACUAAUGCAAGAAAGAAACUUAGACUCAGCAAAGAGCAAUCUGCCCUUUUGGAGGAAAGCUUCAAACAACACAGCACCCUUAAUCCUAAGCAGAAGCAAGCUUUAGCAAGGCAGUUGAAUCUGCGACCGAGACAAGUUGAAGUAUGGUUCCAAAACAGGAGAGCCAGGACCAAACUGAAGCAAACUGAAGUGGACUGUGAGUUCUUGAAGAAGUGCUGUGAAACGCUAACAGAUGAAAAUAGGAGGCUACAGAAGGAGCUGCAAGAACUUAAAGCACUGAAACUGGCACAACCCUUUUACAUGCACAUGCCAGCAGCUACUCUCACCAUGUGUCCAUCCUGCGAAAGAAUUGGUGGUGUUGGUGAUGGUACUGCUUCAAAGAGCCCGUUUUCAAUGGCUCCAAAGCCUCACUUCUAUAAUCCCUUCACUAAUCCUUCAGCAGCAUGUUAA